GCCGCUGCAGCCUCAACUGUUUCAGAGUCAGCUCCCUUGUAACAAACAGGAACUUAACAGCAUUAAACUGUACCGAACUCGUGGUAUUAGAGCUGACCUCAGUUCAGUGAUUUGUAUCCGGGAUCCUCGGGUUACAGUCAGCUGAUUGUGGCCAGGAUAUAGCAAAAGCUUUGAGCUCCACUGUCUGACUGCAAGAAGCACAAUCAUAUUUGUUUAAAACUGGCAGAAAUGGCCACAAACCCGCCCAAGUUAAGGACUGCAAUUAUGGCCAAUGCAAGACUGCAAAACUUGAAAAACACUUUUGAAACAAAGUAUGGUGAAUCUCCUCUUUUCUAUGCAUGUGCUCCUGGAAGGGUAAAUCUCAUAGGAGAGCACAUCGACUACUGUGGCUACUCUGUUCUUCCAAUGGCUAUUGAACAAAAUAUCCUUGCAGCCGUCUCAGUAAACAAUUCAGGGACAAUCGUGCUGGCCAACACAAAUCCUCAGUACAAGGAUUUUACCGUGUCGUGUUCAGAGGACAUCGCCAUAGACAGAGAGAAUCCAAAGUGGCAUUAUUAUUUUCUCUGUGGAGUCAAAGGUAUUCAGGAGAAGUUUGAGAUCGCUCAUUUAGCAGGGAUGUCAUGUGUCGUAGAUGGAACCAUUCCUCCAAGCUCUGGCCUGUCCAGUUCCAGUGCCUUAGUUUGUUGUGCCGGACUUGUUACAAUGGAGGCAAAUCAAAAGUCCCUCUCCAAGACAGCACUGGCUGAGAUAUGUGCCAAAUGUGAGCGCUACAUUGGCACAGAGGGAGGGGGCAUGGACCAGUCCAUUUCAUUCCUGGCAGAGAGAGGAAAGGCAAAGCUGAUUGAGUUCCAGCCUCUGCGAGCCACUGAUGUCAAGCUCCCUGAUGGGGCCGUGUUUGUGAUCUCCAGCUGCUGCGUGGAGAUGAACAAAGCUGCUUCGUCUCACUUCAACAUCCGUGUGGUCGAGUGUCGGAUCGCCACAAAGAUGCUGGCCCAGGCGCGCGGUCUGGACUCGAGCAGGUUGUUGAAGCUGGCCCAGGUUCAGACGGAGCUGAAGGCCUCCCUGGAGGACAUGCUGACUCUGGUGGACGACGUGCUGCACCCUGAGCCAUACAGCCGAGAGGAGAUCUGCGUGGCGCUGGGCAUCACCUCCGAGCAGUUUUCCUCAGAGCUGCUGAGCGCUAACACCCAGCAUGUGACGCAUUUCAGGCUGCACCAGCGGGCCAAGCACGUGUACGGCGAAGCUGCACGAGUGCUGCGGUUUAAGAGCGUGUGCGACUCCCAACCUGCCGAGUCCAUACGACUGCUGGGAGACCUGAUGAACCAGAGCCACGCAAGCUGCAGAGACCUUUAUGAGUGCAGCUGCCCUGAACUGGAUCAACUGGUGGACGUCUGUCUGAAGUCUGGGGCUGUGGGAUCCCGGCUGACAGGAGCAGGUUGGGGAGGCUGUGCUGUCUCCAUGGUUCCCAGUGAGAAGGUGGAGUCUUUCUUACAGGCAGUGAGGGAGUCCUACUACCUCCCUGAUCCACGGAGAGCAGCAAUGGAAAAACAGAGUUUGUUUGUGUCAAAGCCGGGUGGGGGAGCUGCAGUUUUCCUCGAGGAGUGAAAUAAAUCACUCGUGUCUGCUCAUACAGCUGUCAUUCAGUUUCAAAUACGCUGCUGUGAGGAAAUACAUGACAUUUUUUCACACCUAAACUUGAGGCAGAAGGCACUUGAAAAUGACAAUACAAAAUAUAAAACUUGCUGUGCUGUUUCUUUUUGCCUUUUUACUCUUCUCACUUUAUUCUGGAAUUAUAAGGGCCAAAAGUUAAUUUUUUCUAACAAAGGGGUUUUUUUCUGUUAAAAUAUGUUUUUUGAAAAAAAAAAUCAUGAAUGUUAGGGGUUUUUGUAUUAAAUUGAUUUUGUAUCAAAUUCAAUAAUAACAAAUAAAAGAACAAUCGUGUUUGAUUUGUGCUA